UUAUCCUGGAUUACUAAUCCUGUCUAUUUAACUAUGAUCUGAAGGAUGGUUCGUUCAUAUUUAGACCUGAACUUGUCCCUUUUCCAUUCAUUCCCUACUGGUUCCAGGGUUCAGACAUGCCGCAAGUACCGUGGUACAUGUACUUUGCUUUGUUCUUGUGUGUCUCCAUGGCACAUGGACAAGUAUACUACAUCAGAUCACAAAACUACCCAGCGUACACUUGGGGCUACGAUGUCAAAGGCGAGGCCUACAUCAUGACGGAGCUCGGCCAGCGACUAUUUCGUAUCAUCACCCCGGGUCUCACAGAGCAACCAAACACCAUUUCCUUCGAAUCCUACGACCAUCCGGGAUACUUUUUACGUCACUAUGGGUAUAAAUUACACCUGGAGCACUCAAGCCGACCGAGAAAUUCGCACAUCUUUGCUCAGGACUCGACAUUUUUCGUACGGGAAAAUAAAUGGUUUCCCGAGUACACUGCAUACGAGUCUGUAAAUUUUCCUGGGUACUUUAUACGCCAUAGUGGAUACCGUUUGCAAAUCAAUAAGUUGGACGGUUCUGACCUGUUUAAGAAGGAUUCCAGUUUUGUACUGAAUGCUGGAAGUGAUUGUCGACAGCCUGCCAUUGUUGGGAAAUAACCACUUGGGAGUUGCGGUUAUGCGAUGGUUCCAAAUUAUUAUCUGAAGAUAUCUAUGUCUGGGGACAAUUACUAACAGCGGACAUUCUGAUAGUUAAGUUAUUUUUCUGGUUCUGAUACACUUUGAUUGAAUACAUGCACAAAUAUAAACUGAAGAACGACCAUCGCUGGAAAAGAAAGAAAGAACACGUUUAUUUCCUUGGAAUUCACCAACCAUUUCCCAGUAACGUGCACUACAAAUAGAGUGUUGUCUAAUUAGUUUUACAAAUACCUAUUAUUACUCUUUACACCAAUAUAAACUUGAUAAAGAACGUUCCAACAUAAAGAUUUCAAUAAACUGAGUUAAUCCUUCCUACCGCACUGGAAUUUCGUGUAAUACCACUUCAAGGUAUUAAAUCUGGUACACGAACGCUUUGAGUCCAUAGUUCUCGAAACAGGUGGUACAUUGUUGUUGCAAUGGUUCUGGUACUGAACACAAACAAGGUUGAAGUGUUGGAUCUCUGAUUGGCCAUUCUUGCAUUUUCUUUAGCAUGGGUUAAAGCUGCUUGGACGAC